AUGCAGACUCAAAAAGAUUUGGAUCAUGCAGCUGAGGUGCUGUUGUGGAACAAACAAUUAAUGUCGAUGUUGGGUCUUUGGCCUUUCCGGACUAAUAAUUUUAUAUUCUUCAUUAAUUUUGGCUAUUUCAGUUUUCUCAUGAUUUUAGAGUAUCUGGAUUUGUUUCUUUUUAUCGAUGAUCUUGAACACGUGAUUAUGAACUUAACAGAGAACAUGGCAUUCUCACAGAUAUUUGUACGAAUGAGUAUGUUACGAUUAUGUAACUGUCAAAUAGGUGAAGUCAUAAUGGAAGCUAUGAAGGACUUUGAUAAAAUGAGUUAUAAAACCACCGAAGAGAUCAAGGCAUUCAUCACAUAUAAUGCUAAGUCAAAGAUCUUUGUUAAGCUGUUGAUUGUGUUCGUCGCGUUGACAGCUUCGUCGUAUUAUUUAACUCCAAUUAUAAUUAUACUCGGAAGUGGAUUCCCCAAAAUAGUAAUCAAUGAGAAUAUGACCCAAGUAAUUUACUUAUUGCCUUAUCGCUUUCAUCUAUUUUAUGCAGUCAAGAACAUGCGUACUUACAUGAUUACUUAUAUCUUGGAAUUACCAUUUGUAUUCGUCAGUGGUUUUGGGCAAAGCGCAGCUGAUUGCAUUAUGGUCACCCUUGUUUUUCAUAUUUGCGGUCAAAUGUCAGUUUUAGCUUUGCGCAUUAACAAUAUAAAUUCCGAUCUCCUCAGAUGCAGACGCGAAAUGCGACAUGUAGUGCGGAUGCAUAUACGGCUACUACGGUGA